UUGUUCAUUUUUUAAUAAUUUCAGAUGAAUAUUGUCCAGGUUGGGUUCAGUUUCUUGAUCCGCAGCGGGGUUUUAGCUCCGCGAGUUUCUCUGUCCUGGAACACGGUUCAGAUUCAUAAACCUAGACAGAUACAAACCUCGCCCCCGGAGAAUCAGACCAACCUAGCCCCUGGUCAGGUUGUUAUCACGGAGAAUGAUGGAAAGAAAACACUCCUGUCAGAUAUAAAUAAGCAGAUAAGAGAGGAUGGGACUGGACGGUUGUUUUCUGUUAUUUAUCUCCGAGGGAAACAGCAUAAAGUUACACCAGGAGAUAUUGUAAAAGUAUUGACAGAUAUUGGAGCUCCUCUGGGAGAAAAAAUAAUCCUUGACAAGGUGAUGUGUGUCGGAGGCCGGGAUUUCACGCUCCUAGGUCGGCCUCUCCUCCCUCACGGCAUGGUCUCCGUCGAAGCAACUGUGGUGGAGAAAACUUUGUCAAGAACUAAAAUCAGUCAAAUUUUUAAAAAACGAGAGAAUUAUAAGAAAACUUAUUUUACGCGCGAAAAAUGGAGUUUGUUGCGAAUUACUGAUGUUAAAAUAAACAGGGAGGUGGAUUAGAAAUAUUUUAUCCUGUUUCAGA